UGAAUUGAAACGAUUUAACAUGUCGCAAGACGUGAAAGUUCCAUGAAUGAUUAUAAAUAGACCUGCCCCACGCAAAACAAUGUAUUAACGAUACUUUCCUCCACUUCUCCAAGAUUCAAAGAGAUCCAUGUGGUGCUGCCACCUUUUCAAGCUCGCUCAACUGCGCUCAAGCGAAGCAGCAACUGAGGGCUUCCACCGCCUUCACAACAACAUCCAAAACACAUCAAGAUAGUUGUCGAAGAUGAUGCGCUGCUGCGUUAGUUGCCUCCUUGCUGUUAUCAGCGCUUGUUUAUUGUUGACUGUUCCGUCAUGUGUAGGAGAGGGGGAUCCUGGUCGCAUUCGGGGUGAAAAUGGCGAGCUCUCGUUGGUGAUUGCAGUGGCCCUUACCAACAAUGGUGUGCCAUUUCUGGAGCCUGGUUGGGCGCACAUGGCCUCAGCGGUACUAGCCGCGAAGCAUUUCAACGAGAAGGACCCAACGGUAGUGAGCCAACUGGAAGAGUAUGCGGAUUGCCCGUUUCGGUUCUCCAAUAUAUCGGUGAUUGACACAGGGACCAACAGUCACUUGGCCAUGAAAUCACUUCUGCAGAGAAUCCAGGACGUUGGUAUUGUGGAUGCUAUUGCGGGGCCGUACAAUGAACAGCCAGCGAUGGAACUCAGCGUUUUGGCCACAGGGAUGGAAUCGCCGAUUGUGGCAUUUCGUGGCCUCGAUCACAAUUUGGUUCUACCAGACAAGCAUCCGUACUAUUCUCAGAUCAACCCUGAUUUGUAUGGCGAAAUGGAAUUCAUUGCAGAGUAUCUGAAGCACACGAAUCGGACCAACUACGUUGCCAUCCUAUAUUCCAACGAGGAUAGUGUUCUUCAGAGAAUGGAAACCUUACAGACAGUGCUAAAGGAAAAAGUUGACUGCGAUCAAGUCAAGGCCUACAGCUACCUCUCCGUUAGCAAGGCACAAGCAGGGGAGGACAGAGGGCUUCGGGAUGCUGUCAUGAGAGUUUCGCAGACAGGAUUUCGAACCAUUGUUUUGCUAACUGCAACCCCCGAUUUGGACACUCCUGGGAUAGGUGCAGCAGCGCAUGAAUAUGAUCUGGACCAAGGGGGCCAUUUUUGGAUUAUCCCAGGAGGGUUGGACCCAUCUGGAACCAACAGAGACAAUAUUCUGGUUCAAUUUCAACACAAGCAAGAGGGAGGUUUUCUGCGGGGAGCAGCCUAUUCCUCCAUGUUUGAGGGGCACAAUGUGAACGAUGAUGACCCAUUCGAACACACUUUGUCAUCCCAAAAUGCCAGCUUUGUGGAAUACCUACGGAACCUCAAUCCUAUCGCCAACUACACUGGGAAGUUCUUCUGCAAGCUGAAUGAUUUGUCAGAAAAAAUAGACCCAGCAGUCAAUCCACAAUGCACUCUCCCAGACAACUUCUUUCAAGAAUUGCCCUUCUUUGGAGAGCGAGUGGGAUUUGCUUAUGAUGCAACAAUGUCCAUUGGCAUUGGAGCUUGCAUGGCAAUUGCUGGCAAAACCAACAGUACCGCCUUGACCGGAAAGGAGCACUUGGAUGGCAUUCAAUCUGUUAAUUUUAAAGGCGCCUCUGGACAGGUCAGGUUCCGCAACAGGCCAGGCACACCAGGAAGCCGGGAUGCCAGUUCCCCAUACUACGGCAUACUCAAUUUGUUGCCAAGGGGAGGAGCGAGCGAAGAAAUUCUCCAGGCUACAUCCUACGUGGAUCCUGACAUCAAUGAUUGGGUCGAUGUCUUUCCUUUUGUGUAUUCUGAUGGGAGCAACAGCCCACCGACCCUGUUGAGGACAACUCCUGAGCAGAACUACUUAGACCCAGUCGUCCGAGGCAUAGGGUUGACUCUCAUGUCCAUUUCUCUCCUUUUCAUUGCUGCAUCUGCAAUCUGGGUUUGGCGGCACCGUAAUCACAGAGUGGUGAUUGCUGCACAGCCCCCCUUCCUUUAUGUGCUUUGUGUUGGUUCCACUUUGUUUUCAAUGGUCAUCCUUGUCAAUUCCUUUGAUGAGAGCCACGGAUGGACCGAUUCCAUGCUGGACAAGGCUUGUGUAGCAACACCAUGGCUGUAUAUUCUGGGUGACAUGAUUGUCUAUUCAGCUUUGUUUACCAAGCUGUGGCGUGUGAACAAGGUUCUUCAGUUUAAGAGAGCACGCGUCAAGGUCCGCCAGGUUGUUUGGCCAGGUUUGUUCUUGGUCCUAGCUGCCAUUGUGCUGUUAUCGGUGUGGACAGCAGUAGAUGACUUUGGCUGGUACCGUCAAGAGAUUGAUGAAGUAUCAGGGGAAACCAUUGGCAGGUGCAUAGGGACAUACACUGGGGCUUUCCUGAUUCCAGUAGGCAUCAUCUGCACAAUUCCCACUCUAUUGACAUGCAUCAUGGCCUGGAAGACGUGUGAUGUUGAUGACAUGUACUCAGAAUCCAAGUGGAUAUUCUCCUUGGUGCUUGUUCAGAUUCAGGUUAUUGUCGUUGGAAUUCCUGUGGUUGUGAUCCUUCAGAGUGUGUCCACCAAUGGCAGAUAUAUUGGAGUGACGCUCAUUACUUGGACGUUCCCAAUGUCGACAUUGGGCCUCAUCAUGGUUCCCAAGAUGUAUGCGCUGAGAAAAGAGCAAAUGGGUGUCCAAAAGUCCAUAUCUCGUGGAAGCAGCAAGGGGGUCGUAGUGAGUGGUUUGACACAUCCAACAAAAGAAUCGCAAAACACACGGUCGUCCGGCAAUACGACACGAGGGUCAGGGGAACACGACGCGGAUCCGCUGCAGCCAGCCAACUUCGACGUGAGCUCGAGCAGGGUUCAGACUGUGAUCAUGCAUUAA